AUGUCUGGGGCCAACAGCUCCAGCCUGACCCCAGAAUUCUUCGUUCUGACUGGUGUUCCCGGGCUGGAAGCUGCACACAUCUGGAUUUCCCUGCCCUUCUGCUUCAUGUACCUCAUUGCUGUUGUGGGGAACUGUGGGCUCAUCUACCUCAUCAGCCAUGAGGAUUCUCUGCACCGGCCCAUGUACUACUUCCUGGCCUUGCUCUCCUUCACCGAUGUCACCUUGUGCACCACCACGGUACCCAAUAUGCUGUGCAUAUUCUGGUUCAACCUCAAGGAGAUCCACUUUAAUGCUUGCCUGGCCCAGAUGUUUUUUGUCCAUAUGUUGACUGGCAUGGAGUCUGGGGUGCUCAUGCUCAUGGCCCUUGAUCGCUAUGUGGCCAUCUGUUACCCCUUACGCUAUGCCACCAUCCUCACCAACCCUGUGAUAACCAAGGCUGGUCUUGCUACGUUCUUAAGGAGUGUGAUGCUCAUCACCCCAUUCACUUUCCUCACCAAACGCCUGCCCUACUGCCAUGGAAACUUCAUCCCUCACACUUACUGUGACCACAUGUCUGUGGCCAAGGUAUCCUGUGGCAAUUUCAAGAUCAAUGCUAUUUACGGUCUGAUGGUUGCUCUCCUCAUUGGUGUGUUUGAUAUCUGCUGUAUCUCCAUUUCUUACUCUAUGAUCUUGCGGGCUGUAGUGAGUCUGUCAUCUGCAGAUGCUCGCCACAAGGCCUUCAGCACCUGUACAUCUCAUAUCUGUGCCAUCGUGAUCACCUAUGUUCCUGCCUUCUUUACUUUUUUCACUCAUCGUUUUGGAGGACACAAUAUUCCCCAGCACAUACACAUCAUUGUGGCCAACCUUUAUCUUCUACUGCCUCCUACCAUGAAUCCAAUUGUUUAUGGAGUCAAGACCAAGCAGAUUCGGGAAGGUGUAAUCAAAUUUUUACUUGGAGACAAGAUUGGUUUUACCUAA